UAGCUACCGAGAAAACUUUGGAAAACAACCAUGAAAGGCAUGAGAAGACAUCAAAUCACCGGAGAAGUGUAAGGGAUUUAGACCAAAUCGCUGUUAAUUAUUGCCAGUGUUAAUAGUUGAGAAAGAGAAUUUCAUCAACAACCACCAGGUAUGGAUAAGUUUGUGACCAAAACUAAGAGACAGAGAACAACAAAUGUUUUAGAAUUGCCUUCAGUUUCAAGUAUUCCAAGUUCACAAGUACCUCCUCCAUCUUCUAAUACUGAUGUUCCACAAGUAGUACCUUCCAUCCCUGCUCUUACUCUGCCACAGCAAGCAACUUAUAGUACUGUCCAGGAUGAGUUCUCUGUAUGGAAUCUUCAAUCAGACCCUGCAAUGAGAAAGCCAAUAUUAAGUUACCAUCCUAACGAUCAAGACAAAAUACGAAGAGCUCACAUGAAGAUGGGUCCUUGCCAACCUAAAAACUUUCCAUUUCCACAAAAGCUAAUGGGAAAAAAGAACAGAAGAUUCAAUGAAGCUUGUUUUUUAAAACAUGGAAGUUGGUUAGAGUAUAGCAUAUCUAAAGAUGUUGUGUUUUGCUUGCCGUGUUAUCUUUUUAGAAAUUAUGUUACGGGUAAAGGUGGCUCUGAUGCUUUUGUGAAUGCAUGCUUCUCAAAUUGGAAGCAGCAAGUUGAAAAAUUAGAUAAGCAUGUAGGAUGUCAGAACAGUACACACAAUGAUGCAUCUAGUGUACUCUCUAGUGUUCUUUCUUGCUGA